CAUGGCGUUACCUGCUGCUCGAAGUUAAAUCCCGACUUGUUCUCUCCUCGGUGAAGUUACCCUUGAGAACCGGAACCAGCCCGGACGUGAAGCACGUGCGUUCUCGGUCUGCUCGACCGGAACCGGAGAAGAAGCGUUUCCGGUCCGUUAGCCGCUUCUUUAGCUGAAAGCUCACCUGCUGGAGGUAACGAGUCGGAGCGAGCUGAGCCAGCAGCAGGUGGCUCCCCCGACCCACACCCGCGGUACCGAUGGCCUCGACAGGUUGGCAGCAUCCUUACGUCAACAUAUUCAAACACGUCAAAGUGGAAGACUGGAAGAUGUCUGCAAAAGAGGGGGACGUGUCAUCACACACGGACAAGAGUCUGAAGUGCUCCGUGUUCAGGAUCAGGGGUCCUGUUCCUGCCAGCAGCUUCAUCCUGGUGCCCAGGAGCAGCCGCCGGUCUCUGGGGCUGGCAGGACGCUACUUCUACCUGCUCUUCAGGCCGGCUCCGGGCAGGUCCUUCGUGGUCCACCUGGAUGUUUCUGUGAAGGAGGGCCAGGUGGUCCGCAUCUCUUUCUCCAACAUGUUCAAAGAGUUCAAGUCCACCGCGACCUCGCUGCAGUUUCCUUUCCUGUGCGGAGCUGCCAAGGACUCCGUCUAUGAAAGCACGGCCAAGUCUGCAAGACACGGUUUGGUGGGUCCGGCCCCCCCUUCAGUGCGUUGGACCUGCUUGAUGCUGGAUCUGCAGCACACGCUCUCCUUCUACCUCAACAGCUGCUACACUCAAGUAAAGAGCAUUAAACUCUGCGCCAAUAUGGCCGUGAAGAACAUGUUCACCAGCGACCUGCUGCUGGAUCCAGGAAUCUCCUUCAGUGAAGCCAAGGCGAGGGGGCUGGCCUGUUCUCGGGGAACCGGCCCGAUGCCCAGAGACAUGUCCUACCCCGUUCCCAAGGGGGGCUCCUGGCAUGACCUCUAUGACUAUAUCAGGUUUCCCUCCGAGGGAACCAAGUUACCGUUUGACUCCAUUCAAAAAGGAAACCUGGAGCCCGAGGCCAAAUGUUCCUCGGACCAAAGCAGCCAUAUUAGAGAAGCAUCUCGCUGUGUAAACCUCAGCAAACCUUUCCAGGACCCUGUGUCUCUCAUCCAGCAGAUCACUGCUCCACAAACACGCCUGAGGAAUCAAACCCCCGCGGUGACCGACAGGCCGGAGCUGGGCGUAGUUUCCACUCAACAGAAUGAUGCCUGGCUCCUCCAUAGCGAUGACCAGCAGGACUCAACUUGCUCCAGUUCACAGAAGGUCACAUCCCGGUGUCUCGGGGCGGCCGCUGACGGGGGAGUUCAUGUGCAUGUCCAUCCUGAGGACGGCUCCAGCCAACACGGGGAUGAAAGUGAAGAACAGUUUGUUUGCACUGCAGCUCCACAUCCCGUCCAUCUCCCGUUGUCCAAAGGACCCAGACAGGAGAAGCUGCUUCCAGACCCGAUUCUCAGGCUCAAUCGAAUCAUCGGCUUCGGAGGAGCCACGACCAAAUGUGCCCUGUGGAGCAGAUCCGGUGACGCGGUGGUGUACCCGUGUCAUGCAAUUAUCGUCUCUUUGCAAAUAUCGUCCAACCAGCAGAGGUUCUUCAUCGGCCACACGGACAAGGUUUCUGCACUGACUUUCAAUGGCAACACAACACUGCUGGCCUCGGCUCAAACUGGCAAGCACAGCGUCGUUCGAGUGUGGGACUACCACAAAGGGAACUGUGUGGCCAUGUUUAGGGUUCAUGCUCAUUCAUUAUCCUCUCUUAGCUUCUCCUCCGGCGGCGGUAUCCUCUGUGGCGUGGGGAAAGACUCUCACAGUAAAACGAUGGUGGUCGUGUGGAACACUUCUAACGUCAGUAAAGGUGGAGAGGUGACCAUUUUAGCCAAAGCACACACGGAUGUGGACAUCCUCACCAUGAAGGUUGCCGCCUUUGAUGAUACAAGGAUGGUGUCAUGUGGUCGUGACAAUAUUCGCCUGUGGCGAGUGAGGAAGGGGACGCUGCGCUCCUGCCCAGUCAACCUGGGUGAUUACCACUCGCUGGACUUCACUGAUGUGGCCUUUGAGGAGGGAAAUUCCUCCAACCAACAUCUUGAUGAGCGAACACUAUAUGCCAGCAGUCGCAGUGGCUUUAUCUUUGAGAUCGACUACAGCAGAGUUGCUAUUAGAAAUGUCAGGAGGCUGUUGCCUGCACAGCAGCAGCAUGCGCACCGCAGGGAGAAAACGACUUUCAACACAGGUCCAGGCAUUGCCAUCAACAGCAUCAGUGUGUCCUCCUCAUUCUGCUGCACGGGCUCUGAAGAUGGCUUCCUGCGUCUCUGGCCCCUUGAUUUCUCGAGCAUCUUCCUGGAGGCUGAGCACGAGGGCCCCGUGAGCCUGGCGUCCGUCUCCUCGGACGGCCUUCGGGUCCUGGCGGCCACCUCCACCGGUACCCUGGGCUUCCUGGACGUGAGCAGCCGUGGUUACGACACGCUGAUGAGGUCCCACACGGACACGGUGCUCGGCUUCAGCGUUGAUGGAGUCCAUCGGCAUCUCACCACCGCCUCGGCCGAUGGCACGCUGCGCAUUUGGAAUAUGGAUUCCCUGCAUCAGCUGUAUGACUUUGUGGCGGAGGACAGCCCUUGUUCCGUGGCCUUCCAUCCCAGCGAGCAGCUCUUCUCCUGUGGCUUCAGCUCCGGCGUCGUCAGAGUCUUUGACAUCUCCAGUGCCAAGGUGCUGGCUGAACACAGGCAGCACAGAGGCGACGUGGUGGGUCUUGCCUUCUCUCCGGAUGGGGAGUUCAUGUACAGUGCGGACUCUCAGGGCUCGUUGGCACUUUACAACGCUUCUGAGGACGACCACGAUGUGAUCAGAGUUGUGUGCAACGUGUUGGCCCGAGGCACCGAGCGCGCUCCAGACGCUCUCGCGGUCAGCAGUGACAGCCGCUGUCUGGCUUUCAUCGGCCCCUCGGAGUUCAUCGUCACCAUCGCGGACGCGCAGUCUCUGGACGAGUUGCUCCGUGUGGAUGUGAGUAUCUUGGAUGUACAAAGCCCCCGCCUUGAUUCUGCACUGAGGGUGUGCUUCUCCCCGGCCUCCACUGAGCACCUGUUGGUCGCCACAUCGGCCAACAAGAUCCUCUGGGUCAGCACCAAGACGGGCCGUCUGCUCCGAGAGGUGUGUGAUGUGCACAGACACCAGUGCUCGUCCCUGGCUGUGAGCGAGGACUGUCGCUUCCUGCUGACAGCGGGACACCAUGCUGUGAAAGUGUGGGACUACAGCAUGGAGCUCAAUACCAGCUCACAGAUGUUCAUCGGCCACAGUCAGCCCAUCCGCCAGGUGAGCUUCACCCCCGACCAGCUGGGCGUGGUCUCAGUGGGAGACGCCAUCUUCCUGUGGGACUUCCUGGCGCUUCCUGUUGACUCCGUGACGGACCGGCGUUCCCCUCUACGAUCACGCUACAUCUCAGCUCCUAAAUCAGCAGAUGUUAGUGGAGUUCAGUGGUCCAAUGGGAUGCCUCGACAGACAGCCCCCCUCCCCUCCUCACCGCCGCCACCACUGGACAUCAGCACCCUGGACCCAGUGGAACAGGAGGCUUUGGGCUCUUUGUCGAUUUGCGACGACACGUCCGUCCCGACCGCCUCGGCCGCGGUCACUGGUCCUUCUGACCCGAGACCUGCCGCCUCCUUCCUCCAAGUCACAGAGAUGCUCGACACGUCUCCCGUGAACAGAGGUCGUAUGAAUGCUGUUGAGUUGACUGAGAAGAAGGCAGCACGUCCUGAUUGUUACAGCCACUUCAUCCCACGUUUCAAGGCCUCCCGUCUUCAGCAGGCCGCUUGGGCUGCCCGACCCGGAGGAGAGGGCAUCGAGCUGAAAGCAGUCAUCGGCUACAAUGGAAAUGGGCGUGGCAACAUGGUGUGGAGCCCUGACCAAGGUUUGUUGGCGUACUCGUGCGGCUGUGUGGUGGUGCUGGAGUACCUUCACACAGGAAGUCAGAGACACCUGCAAGGCCACAGCGAGGAGAUCUCUUGUCUUGCAGUCACACAUGAUGCAAAGAUGGUGGCAUCAGCAGCUGGCGGCGGGAACGGGAGCCGGAGCCUCAUCUGCAUUUGGGACGUCCAGAAUGGAACUUGUCGCAAUACCAUCUCCCACCACGUGGGGGCGGUGCAGAGUCUCUCUUUCUCCAGGGACGAUCGCUUCUUUCUCUCUGCUGGAGACUUCUCUGACCCAGAGGUGGCUCUGUGGAGCAGCAGGACCUUCAAGCUGCUGUCCAGCCUGAGGGUGUCGGGACCGAUUCACGCCGCGGCCUUCAGCCCCUCGGCUGCCAGCCAGCUGGCCUGUGUGGGCAGCCUCGGGGUUUAUUUCUGCCUCAUCCACACGCAUGGCUUGGAUGUCGACCUCAAGGCCCAGGAGGUGAAGGCGCCGGUGGAGGUGGGGGAUGUGGAGCUGACGGCUCUGUGCUACCACAUGGACUCCGUUCUGUUCACCGCCACCAGUGGAGGACAGGUGUGCGUCUGGGACGUGAACACGCAGCGCUGCCUCAUGACCUGGAGCGCUGAUGAGGGGGAGAUCGGAGUGCUGCAGUGUCGAGGGAACCGUCUUCUGACAGGCAGCAACACCCGCUGGCUGCGACUGUGGGAGGUCGACGCUUUAGAGGGUGUGACGCCUCGGGGGAAGAACCGCAAUGUGGAGGACGGGGGGACCACGGUGGUGCUGGGGCAGGAGAUCAUGCUGGAUGGGACGACGGUCAGCGCAGCAUUCGAUAACACGAUGGACAUGGGCGUCGUUGGCACCGCGGCGGGAACCCUGUGGUACAUCAACUGGUCAGACAACAGCAGCAUCCGGCUGGUCAGCGGCCACAAGGCCAAGGUGAACGGCGUGGUGUUUAGCGCCGACGAGAGACAUUUUGCCACCUGCAGCGAAGACGGCAGCGUGAGGGUGUGGUCCGCCCCGAGCAACGAGCUGGAGGUGCAGUUCCAGGUGCUCAGCCAGGCCUGCGGCUGCGUAUGCUGGAGCCCUUCGUCCAAUCAGGAGAGAGCGUGUGUCGCGGCAGGAUACAGCGACGGGACCCUGAGAAUCUUCCGUCUCUCCUCUUCCGAGAUGGAGAUGAAGCUGCAGCCCCACCAGGCGGCCGUCACUGCGCUGCAGUUCUCUGCUGCCGGUCACGUGAUCCUCUCCGCGGGGAGCAGCGGUCUGGUCGCUGUCAGCAGCCCGGUGACCGGAGCCACGAUGCGCGUCAUCAAGGACCACAGAGGAGCAGCGGUUACCUCCAUCCAGUGUGUGAAUUCACAGCGUGAGAAUGUGGGACUGGAAUGCAACGAGACGUGGUUGGCUGCCAGUGCUGACAGACGCGUCAGUGUGUGGGCGGCCGAUUGGUCGAAGGACAAAUGCGAUCUGAUGGACUGGCUGACAUUUCCGGCUCCGCCCUAUUCCGGGGAUGACAGCCCCCCUCCCAGCCUGGCUGCUUUCUGCCCUGCAGACCCCAGCCUGGUGGUCUACACUGGCUAUGGAGUCGAGAAGGAGCUGUCCUUCUACAGCCUGACUAAAAAACAGAUAGUAAAAAAGAUUGCUCUGUCCGACUGGGCCACAUGCUUCAGCCUCUCCUGUAAGAGUCAACUCAUAGCGGUGGGAUCAAAAGAGCGAGUGUUGAAGCUGAUCAAGUCGACCAGCGGCCGGUUCCAGGACUUCCUGCCGCACAGCGACUCCGUGCAGACGUGUCACUUCUCUCCGUCGGGCGCACUUCUGUUCACUGUCUCUUUCAAUGAGAUCCUGUUGUGGGAGGUGCAGGGACUCUGACGGCCGCACCGCUGUUCAUCUGGGUUCAUUGGGUCCUGGUUUACUUUUUUAAGUUUUUUGUAAUUGUAAUGUUACAUGUACAUUUUUGUAUUCAUUAUAUAUUUUAGAGAAGUAUUAAUUUUGUAGAGAAGCUUUGUGUUAACUUUUAGAGUUUUAUCUUUCAUGUGUAUGGUUUUAGGAUACAUUGUUGAAGACAUUUGUUGUUGUGAGGCCAGUCACCUCUAAUUUGAGAUUUUCUAACAGUUGGUUGGAAUGUGUAUGAACAAUUAGUUACAGAUCAUUGCUGUCAUGUCCACUGUUUUUUAGUGGUAGAUAACAUCAUGGUUUGUAGGCUGCUGUGGGAUUGGAUGGGGUUUCAAUAAAAAGCAGCAUGAGCAAUAACA